CUUCCUCUUUCUUCUGAGCUUGAGCCCUUCUCCAGUCCGAGUUUAUGGUAGGACGGUAAGACGCAACUCUAAUCUAAGGGCGUCUGUGACUCUGUUAGCUGCGGAAGUGUAAAUCUAACUUUCUCCAUAAUUAGAUUAGCAAGUGUUAGCUGCGGAAGUGUAAAGCUUUGAAGUCAAUGCAGAUUUUGGGCUUGCAGCUUAUUCCUGGAUUUAUUGAUCUGUUUUCUAGUCAAAUAUUGGGUCUGUUGGGCUUGAGAAACCCAACCUAGCUGGCCCAUCAAAUACUGGGUAACUUUCGGCCUUGCGUGUCGUCCAAUUGCUGUGGCAGAGUGCCCAUAUUCGCUCCUCCAAAGCCGACUUCCCUCCCUGCCGUUCCCCUCUCUCUCCCCCAUGAAAACCCUAUCCCUCUUCUUUGGAAGGAAGAAGGCACGCAUAAAUUCCCAUUGAUUAGUUUAUAAUUUCAUGUUUCUUGAAUCUUGACGUAAUUGUUUUGGUGCUUCCACUUCCCGGAUCUUAUUUGCCCCCUCUGCAGUGAUGGCUUCAAGACUUCUUGCCAACUUGAUUGUGGUAGGCUCUGGAGUCUUGGCAAGGGCUUUAGUUCAAGCAUAUCGUCAGGCGCUUUCAAAUGCCUCAAAAUCAGGCGUUGCUCGAGAAACGGCUCAAAAUAUUAUUAAAGCAAACAAAUUUAUGGCUGAACCGGAGGCAAGGCAGGUACUAGGUGUCACUGAGCACUCAUCCUGGGAGGAGAUCUUAAAGAAGUAUGACAACCUAUUUGAGCAGAAUGCAAAGAAUGGGAGCUUUUACCUACAAUCAAAGGUUCAUAGAGCUAAAGAAUGCCUGGAAGUUGUUCACCAAAAGAAAGCUCAGGGAACUAUGGAUGCAUGACUUCUAGAGGCUUACUCCACUGCCUUAAUUAUUUUAGUAAAUUGUAGGGUUGUCACUUCCUGCUGUUAUCCAAAUUCUUUUUCAUCUGCAUGAGUUGUCAUGUGAUUAAUAUGAGAUGCAAUUUUUUUUUUUU